CUCCUCCGCGCAAACUCACUCCAUCCCUCCCAGGACCGUCCUAACCCGGAUGUUUCCCCCCCACCCACGCACCGCUCUUCCCUUGACACCGUCUUCGUCUUAUUCUCGUCCCCGUCGGAAGGGCCUUUCUGAGUGAUGUCAGUUCCGUGUCACACUCACAGUGUGGUGUUUUCGUCAGUUGUGUGAUCCAGCACUCCCUGAGACAGCAAAGGUAUCUGCAGUGUUAAAAGCGGUUUAUGUAGGCCGCAUCAUUUAGUUCAGUGUUGAGUCGGGAAAGUGGCAGGUCACAAUUUUCCACUGAUGUAACAUGGCCAGUGUUGCAAAAAGAUUGCAGUUUCUCAAGAAUUUGGCCUUUCAACUGAAGGAAACUUGUCCAGCGGAAGCGCGCUACCUUUUAUGGACAUGUCAGUCUAUAACAGGUGUGAAAGUUAAUCCAGAAGGAGUAUGUAGCCAUUGCUUCGAGUGCUUCCUCCCUGGAAACCACAGAGUUCGACUAAAAUCCAAAAGGAGGAUGACUGUGCAAAUUAAAAAGCUACUGCAACGUGAAGCAGCCAAUUGGAAACUUAACCUCAAACAAGUGCACCAACUGCAGAAAUAUAGAAACUCAAGGAGUACUUUGCUGGUUACAUGCUACACAUGUAAAGAAACUUCCAAAUUCUACGGAGCAAAUCGGAUGUGUCUUCCUGCAAGGCCCCGCAUCCCUAGAAGCUUGAAUAAAACAAAAGCAGACAUGAAAACACAUGAAGCAAGAACUCCUCAGUCCAUGCAGCAAGAAACUGUUUAUUCCCCACUUACGAAUAAGUCAAGUUCUAAAAGCAAGUGUGUAGCUACAACUCCACGAACAUCUGUUUCUACACCGUCGACAUCAUCGACCUCAUUGAAAUCAGUUAAAGGGAAGAAGCUACACUGCUCUCGUCUAAAGAUGCUUUUGAAUUGUGAUCAGAAACAGCAGAACAAUAAAGGGACUCUUCGUGAUUUCCUAUCUUCAGUGUAAACUGCACUUUGUAUCUUCUUUGUGAUGUUUAAUCUUUGUGUCCACAGAAGUCAGAGCAAGUAAAUAGGAGAAAAUGAAGCAAGUAAAUAGAAAAUGAACUGCCUGUCAAUUUGCGUAAUCGGUUGGAUGCACGACUGUACACUGUAUAUAGCUUUAUGCAAAUUGAAUUUUGCAAUAUUGCCAUAAGUUUUUCUUCGCUUGUAAAUAAAUGGUCAGAAAUGUUACAAUAACAAGUACGCUGCAGCUCUGACAGAUAAGAAUGCUAUUGCGUUACUACAGAUGAAACAGAAGCAUGCGUGCAGCAUGGUAAGUGAUAAGCUAAGCUGCCAUCUGUUUUCCUCUGAAACACGCUGCUACCUGCAGAAGGACGCACAUCCAAGAGACUACUUGAUAUUGAAGCUUAAAUGGGAGUAGCUGCAGGUCAUGAAUGAACAGUUGUCAUAAAUCUUUUUUUAACUGUUAACUAUAGUCCCGGGCCGGCUUUCUUUGUGCUUAAAAUUCCUAGAAAAGGAAUAAUGGCUUCAACAAUCUUAACUCUUUAGGCUUCUCUAAAUGUGUAUCGUGUUUGUGGACUUACAUUUUCUGCUAGUUUCCCCUGAAAGGAUCUCAAGCGGAGUCUGUGUUUGGACAUCAGAGAGAUUAGACUAUCUGCCAAGUUACAGUGACAUUGAAUUGGGGAAUGGUUAGCGUUAUGCUGCAGAGGGUCAGAACAGAUGGACCAGGGGAAUAAAUUCCUAUUUGGAGAAAAAUAGGAAAUUUUGUUCGUUAAUAGGUAUAUUAUAUUGAUGCUGUGCCUAAAGUCAUGUGUAUUAUUAAUGAAAUACUUAAGCUGACAUCUUGGAAGAUGUAAUUUAUGAAAAUAGUGUUUUCGUUUCUGUUUAAGCAGAAAUUCUGUUUAAACAAAAACAAAGCCAAAAAAAAGUCAUGCUAGAAGGUAGUUUUAGUCCAGUACCCAGGCAAGAUACAUAGAAAUUUAUUCUUUCCCCCAUUUUAAAGUGCCAGUGAGAUCUAUAUUUACAACAGCUGAAGUGAGUUUGUCAUCAUUGGUAAUUGUUUGUGAGAGACUGUAACAUUUGGCAGUCAACUUUCCCUCCAAUCCACAUGGCUGCACAACAACCUGGAACAUCCUGUAGAACCCAAGUACCAGUCAGUGCCUUUAAAGUUGGCAUACAUGCGUGGCCACAUUAAGGAAACAUUAUAGGGCUUAUACGCUUGAAUGAGUAGGUUGUGUUUACCAACAAAAAAAAAAGCAUCACUGGUUAUAAUAGUGGUAAUUUUGCCUAAUUACAUUAAUAAAGGCUCUCUCAGCUUGAUGGCCAUGGGCUCUCUCAUCUGUACUGAUUUUGAGCCCAGAUCACAGAAUUGUAACGGCCACGUGCACCCUAUUUGUUUGUAUAGGUAUUGGAAAUGUCAGAGAUCAGUUACUGUAUUUGCAAAGGUACAAUGUCUUUUGCCUAAUUUGUCUCUGAAAACUUCUAACACUAUGGAAAACAGAUUUUUGCCUGUUUUUAUUUUGGCCUGUACAUCUUACAGAAUGGUGUUGCAGACUGAACAGCUAUGUUAUAGAACAUAGAACAUUACAACACAGUAUAGGUCCUUCGGCCCUCGAUGGUGUGCCGACCUGUCAUACCAAUCUGAAGCCCGUCUAACCUACACUAUUCCAUGUACGUCUAUAUGCUUGUCCAAUGGCGACUUAAAUGUACUUAAAGUUGGCGAAUCUACGACCGUUGCAGGCAAAGUGUUCCAUACCCUUACUACUCUGAGUAAAGAAACUACCUCUGAUAUCUGUCCUAUAUCUUUCACCCCUCAAUUUAAAGCUAUGCCCCCUCGUGCUCGCCGUCACCAUCCUAGGAACAAGGCUCUCCCUAUCCACCCUAUCUAACCCUUUGAUUAUCUUAUAUGUCUCAAUUAAGUCACCUCUCAACCUUCUACCUCAGGUUGUGGAGUUAUUUUAUUUUUGUACACUGCACAGUAAGCUUCUCAUUUGUGCAGCAAGGGCCAGUUGUACCCAUGGAAAAGAUGACGAGAUAAUUCCCCUCCAUAAUGUACAAAUAUAUUGAGGGGAGGUGAUGGCCUAGUGGCAGUAUCACUGAACUGUUAAUCCAGAGACCCUGAUAACGUUCUGGGGACCCUGGUUCAAAUUCCGCCUUGGAGGUUGGUAGAAUUUGAAUUCAGUGAAAUAUCUGGAGUCUAGUGAUGACCAUGAAUCCAUUGUUGAAUGUUGGAAAAACCCAUCCAGUUCACUAAUGUCCUUUAGGGAAGGAAACUGCCAUCCUUACUGGUCUGGCUUGGAUGUGACUCCAGACCCACAGCAAUGUGGUUGACUUUUAAAGCACAAGGGGCAAUAAAUGCUGCCUGACCAAAGAUGCUCUCAUCUUGUGAAUGAAUAAAGAAAAAGAAUAAUGUUUCCAUAAACAAUUAUGAUGUUUUUCUUUGGUGUACAGUAGUGAAUGAAGAAGCGACUUCUACGUAUUUGGCAAUGCUGUCUUUUUGAUUGGAUAUCAAAUUGUAAUUCUUCUGUCGGAUAGAAGUAGAUUCAGUUGUGACUUUUUAAAACAAAAAUUGGAUAAAAAGGCAAGGAGAAAUAUUUGUCGAACUGUUGAAAGUGUAGAUAAUUUGGACUAUCCAACAGCCAUUUCGAAGGAUCAGUACAAAAGCAUAGUGGAUUAAUGGGUCUUCUGUAUGAUGAAAAGGUGGAGUAGCACAAUUUGAAGACAGAGUCCUGCCAUUAUUUUUGUUAAUUCUGUUCUCUCUCAUAUCAUCACUGCAGGUUAACUGAAUAUUGCUGUAGUUUACCCUUUUUGGGAGAUCUGGCUGUGUUGUAUGGGUUGCCGUAUCAUUUCAUCAAGAAAGAAUCCUAGGUCAUCAUCAAAAGAAUAGACCAUUCAGCCCUUUGAGGAGGCUCAGCCAUGACUUAUGGUUGUUAUGAUUUCAAUUCCUUUCCUGUCUGUGCGCCCAUAACUCGGCACAAGUUUGGACUGAAGGGCCUGUUCCUGCACUUUGUUCUUCAUUCUUUAUUCUUUGUUCUUUACUCUUGACUCUUAACAAAAUGGAUCUACCUCUGCUUUGAAUAAGUACAACAACACAACCUCCAUUUCUUUCUCUGGAAUGUAAUCUUACAUGGUAACAAUACUAAGAAACUGUUUCCAUUUUAAAAGGGAGAUCUUUAAUUUUAAAUUGUCAGAGUUAUUUUCACAUCUCCUGAGUCCCUUCAGGAUCUCAACUGCUUCAGUGAGAUCUCCUCCCUUCUAAAAUCCAAUGGGUAUUAACCCAAUCUGUUCAAUCUUUCUUCAUAAAAUAAACUCUUCAUCCCAGGAAUGAGUCGAGUGGACCUUCUCGAUACUGCUUCAAAUGCAGUAAAUAUCCUUUUUUUAAAAAUGAGACCAAAUUCAUUUUAAGUGAUCUUUGUUUUAGGAUAAAUGUUCAUCAGGGCACUGAUGAAGAAUUCCUAUUUAUCUUCAACAUGUUGCAUAGAAUGUGAUGUGUCCACUGGAGAGAAUGGAUGAAUCUUGGUUUAGUAUUUCCUCCGGAAAUUAGCAACUCUGCCAGAGCAGCGUUCCUUCAUUUCUGCACUUAAAUUGUCCUCAGGUUCUGCAAUGAAGGUUGACCUAGCAAACUACUGAAGGAGAAGCAAAUGACUAGUUCUGAGGGAAGUUAAUAGUUGCAAUAGAAUUUAAUGAAAUAAAGCAAAAGUGAAGAAGAGAAAUAGAACUGAAAUAGAAACAGGGAAAGGGGAAAGUUUUAAGAUGUUGGAGCCCAGCCUUGAAGAAUUUGAGAACCACUUCAGUGUGUUCUUGUUUUGAUAUGUGUAUAAACUGAUUUUAUUUAUUUUAGUGCUGCCAUCUGGGCAAUGGGAAGAAAAAAACAUCUUGGAAGAUGGAAACAUUGAUAGAACGGGAAAUGAGAGGAAAAUCCAGUUUUAGGGAGGAGUUUCUGGAAUUGUUGGGAAUGGAAGGGCCUUUUUUUUUAAGCUUAUAAUGUUUGUUAUAAAGCAGCAUUCUGAACUUGGUUCACAGCACCGUCUUCUAGUGUUACGUAUAAGAAUGUAAUGUGGAAUAUUCAGCUUCCUUUUGGUUCUGUACUCCAGCGGUUUGAGAAACAAUAGCACCAAGUCUGCAAAUCUUUUGCAACAGACGUAGAGCUCAAUCAUGACGCAAAUAAUUUUUAAAAAUUAUUUUUAAGGUGAGGUGUUAACAUCAGCUGGUGAACUGUAGUUGAAAUACAGAAACCCACUUCAGUUGUAUUAGUGUCUAAAAGAGUUUUAACAUAGAUUCUUCCACAAACUUUUUAAAAGAUGAAAACUAAGGAAGUGCUGAUCUUGAAUUUUUGUGGGAUCUGCACGUCAGCCCAAGAUUUGUGCAAGUAUAGAUGAAUCACUAAACGAAAGAGUGAGGCAAUCUGUCUACUGUUCUACUCAUGGCACUAUAAAGAAUGAGUUGGAAUGGUUUGUCUCGAGCAUUUCUGAAGCUGUAAUGGCAUUUUUAUUUGGACACAAUAUUGUUCUGUUAAUGGAUUGAGAUUCUGUAACUGUUCAGGUAAAUAGAGUGCAAAUAAUAGGAUAUGCUAGGGAGAGCUCCUAAACAUUGAUCUCUGCAUAGAUGAAGGCAGAAAAUGGAAAAUAGUGAUUGGUUAAAAUUGCUAAUCUCUUUGCACUUGAAGGCAGUUUAAAUAUAGCUAUGUCUCAGUUAUCUAUUCAGAAUUUUUAUUGGAUCUUCAAAGACAUAAUUUUACUUUUAAGAGAUUAAUGUAUCUGGUCAGUGCUAAUUUAAGGUUUUUAACUUCCUGCUCCAUAUUAUUUAAUCCAGUUAAUGCAUUUUAGAACGCCAUGGAGUGAGUAUAUGUCAUGUCAAGAUUUUCCAUUCAGAGACUCAAUUCAAAAUUUACUGGAAAGUGAUUUUAAAAUCUUAAUACAAAUUUAACAGCUUGUGCAUUAAGUGAAUCAAUAACUGAUUUCCUUGUGACCUAUGUAUAAUCUACUGUAAAGUUUCACUAAUUUUAUAUACUUUGUUAGCUGUCAAAGUGAACCGGAACUGGUGGUAAGCAAUGUAAUAAAAAUAAAUGCUUUGUUUAUAGAG